AUGCGGACAGGGACAAAGAACUCAGCAUGGCUUGUGAUGGGGCUCUUCACCCACGGGCAUGGCCGUUUGACGGACUACGUGGAUCCGUUAAUUGGUACUGCAGGUCCCAAUCUAUUGAGCAGCAUCGCAUCAGGGAAUGUGUUCCCCGGGCCGUGCCUCCCCAACGGCAUGGCGAAGCCAGGAAUAGACACGAGUUAUCUGGGAAUUCCGGACGGAACCCAGACCGAUGUCAAUGGAGGGUACAGUCCCAUCGGUAACUUUACAGCAGUGAGCAUGAUGCACGUCACCGGGACAGGAGGUGACCCCACCUACGGCAUUGUGUCCCAGACGCCCUUGCUUGGAACCUUGGCGGGCGUCAACCUAGGGGACAACACGACGUACUGGCAGAACAGGUCGCUUGAGAGCGAGAGCGCAUCCGUGGGCUAUUUCACGACGACAUUGCUGAACGACGUCAAAAUUGAGAUCACAGCGUCGAACCACACCAGUCUUGUUCGCUACACCUUUCCGACCCAGAGUUCAAAUCAGACAUUCUCACUGCCUUCGACGCCGGAUAUCUCCCAGGGCCAGACUGAAAAUGACGCGCACGUCUUGGUGGACUUGACACAUGUCCUUCCCGCCUACCAACCAGGGACCCAGACCUACUCUCAGAAUUACCUCCAAGGCGAGAUUCACAUACGACCAGGUCUGUCCGGGCCAUCAUAUUAUGGCAAAGCUUCAUACGCCGGCGGUUGGCCAAACAUAGGUCUAUAUGACAUUCACUUUUGCGGAAACUUUUCUGUGCCCAUCGAAUCUGGUCUGGUUCCGAGUAACGACUACGUGCGAGCGGUUGGUUCCAACCGAGUCGAUGGAACUGGCACAUUCUUUUGGCAAUACAAUCUUUUCGAGCCUCCCACUGAGACCCCUGAGGUCCGAUCCUACGUGGAUGCAUACACGCAGAUUGGGAAUAAGAUGGGCCUCGGCGCUCUUUUCAGCUGGACGCCGUCACUAGCAGGGUCAAGCAAUAGUUCAGGAGCAGUGAUUGAGAGCAAGAUCGGCGUCUCCCACAUAUCUGCCGAGCAAGCCUGUAGCUACAUUGCUACUGAGAUGCCCGAUUCGACUUCAUUUGAUGACUUAGUCGAGCAGGCUAGAUCAGAAUGGGAGUCAAGGGUUCUCAGCACGGUUGAGGUGGUCGACGGCGACAGCCCCGAGGCGCAGAAUGACACACUAAAGCGCAUGCUCUAUACUGCUCUGUAUCACACAGCCGUCCUGCCCACGGACAAAACGGGCGAGAUUCCGCUCUGGACAUCGAACGAUUCGUUUCCUUACUUCGAUGACCAUUAUACAUUGUGGGACACAUAUCGGUCUCUACUUCCAAUGUACCAUCUUCUUUAUACAGUCACCUACAGUCGCGUCGUGAAAGGUCUCAUCAACAUCUUCACUUUUGAAGAAUGGCUGCCGGCUGGGCGAGCUGGAAAUUGGAACGGUCGGGUCCAGGGAGGCACGCAUGCGGACAUAGUUCUAGGCGAUGCGAUCAAAGACGCAACUGUGCUACCAGAUCGCAAUGCCGACUCCGUGACUUCAGACGGCGCGACAAAGGUCGGUCGGGGCGCUCUGGAGGACUAUCUAUCGCUUAACUACAUCACCCGCAACAAUUCUAGGAGUAUUUCUCGAGGACUCGAGUAUUCUCAGAACGACUUCUCCAUCUGGACCAUCGCUAAGGGUCUCGCCAAGGCUGAAAGUGAGCAGGACGAGCUCCUACAGCGAUCGAGUUGGUGGCAGAAUCAGUGGAACCUGGACGCGAACAAGACGCUUGAAGGUGUGGGCAACUUCGUCGGUUUCCCUGGGCCGCGAAACGCUGAUGGGACGUGGAACACUACCGAAUACGAUCCGGCUAUAUGUACGCCAUCAUGCGGUUGGAACGACGAUAUAUACGAAGCAACAGUGUGGGAGACCGGGUUCUCAGCGGCGCCACACGACAUGAGCAAGGUCAUUGAGUCCAUGGGUGGCGAUGAUGCUUUCAUCCGGCGUCUGGACGCAUCUUUCCUCCCUGGAUUCGGGUCUAGCCGUGGAGAGAAUAACGAUGCAGGCAGCGCCAUCUACAACCCAGGCAACGAGCCGUCUUUUCUCAUUCCAUUUUUGUACAAUUACGUCCCUGGCUACCAUUGGAAAACCGCCAACCAAACACGCGCCAUAGUUGACGAAUUCUACAGUGACCAGCGAAAUGGUUAUCCCGGCAAUACAGACGCCGGCGCAAUUCCAUCGUGGCUGGUGUUCAACCUCCUGGGCUUUUAUCCGGUGGUUGGGCAACCGCUAUACUUGUUGGGAGCACCGCGCUUCCCAGCCCUUCGAGUGACCCUGCUCUCAGGCACCCCGUUCCAGAACGUCCUCACCAUCAGAGCUGACAAUCUUUCUGCUACAUCUUACUAUCCGCAGUCCGUCACCCUGGACGGUCUCCCGCUCGACAGGUCAUGGUUGACCCAUGCUGAGCUGACAAAUGCAUCGGAGUUGGUAUUUCAGAUGGGCAGCGAGCCGGCUCAGUGGGACACUGGCAAUAGGCCGUGGAGUCUGAAUGGAUGGGAAUGA